GCUGAGCAAACCCACCCAUCAAGGGUGUUCUAUUGCAGUCUCCUAGAGGGCAAGUGCCAAAUUGCCCCUACCUUCCUCAGACCCCCUUCAUCUAAUUCCUUCACCUCCCAGCUGCAGGCAGCUUUCUUAAUAAACACUCAACUGCUAAACUUUGCAGCUUGCUGAGUCUUUGGCUGCCCUUGGUGGAAACAGAGACCAGGAUAGACACAGAAAGAGGGAAAGAGAAAGAAACACAAUGCGGACCCUCAUCAUCCUUGCACUCCUGGCUGUCCUGAUGAUGGCAGUUUUCUGCUAUGAGUCUCAUGAGAGUAUUGAAUCACAUGAAAUUACAAGUCCUUUCAUUAACAGAAGGCAUGCCAACGUUUUCAUGAGACCUUCACCUGAGAACAGGAGGAAUCCUUAUCUGUAUGAAAGGAUCAGAGGACGCAGCAAGAGUGCCCAGGAACGUCAGAGGGAGAUCUGUGAUGAUUACUAUCCCUGUGACACUUAUGCUCUGCGCCAUGGCUAUGCUGCUGCCUACAAGCGUUACUUUGGGCAAAGAAGGGGCAAGUAAAAAGAUCAGGAAUCUACAUUCCCAGUGCCUGGUGCCUGGAUCUUUACAGAGAGAGUAACGUCUCUGAAAUGUAUUGUUGCUUGUUAACUGUAUGUUAUUCCACCUGCUUCUUCAUUCUUCUGUAGCCAAUGAGUCCUAGAUUCUGUUUCAGUUCGCACAAUGCUGAUGUAGUGGUGGCUGAGCGGAGAAGGAUGUGGGUUUUUAUUACAAAAUAAAUGGCUGGUUUGAUACUGUU